UCAGUCGAUGACAAAACAGGAAUUUUGCACUUAAAUGAACGAAACGGAAAAAUGAUAAUGGCAAUUGAAAAUCGGUGAUAAUAUGUUUCCUUUUCCUGUACUAUGGUCAACAAGGCUUUUAUAUAGGCAAGGAUACGGAUAUCCUGUGUAUCGACGUCCUUUAUACAUGUUUUUAUUACGAAUGGGUGUAAAUAACGUCCCGCGUUGGGUAGUGUUACUCGUAUCAGUACUUUCGAGUUGAGAUAAGGUACUGCUUGCUGCACCUCUGCGGAGAUAAGAGCUGACAUAUAACAGCCGGAAGUAUAUUCAGCGCCGGUACUAAAAGUCUUUCAAAAUAGGGUACUACAAUAGAGAACGUAAAAUGGCUCUAGAAGCUUCCGCAUCGCCAAUCAGAUUUGCACUCAGCCCGGAAUGGGGUAUACUUCCCGUCAUGAGAGACUUACAAGAUGAAGAAGAUAUCCUUCCUAAAGAUCCCCGUCAGUGGACUAGGGACGACGUUGGAGAAUGGGUACGAUAUGUGACGUCACUUCACAAUAUUCCCGAAGUACCCUCCUCUAGGUUCCAGAUGAACGGAAAAGCGCUCUGUCUCAUGUCGCCCAGUAUGUUCCUGGCCAGAGUCCCACUAGGAGGAAAACUAUUGUACAAAGAUUUUCAGCUCAGGUUGUCUUCUGCCUUAUAUGCCGAAAGCAGUAGGAGAUGAAAAAACCCGCGAUUCAUUCCAAUAUGGUUCGAGAAGAAACAUGAUUUAGUGUAAUCGUAACUAGUCGAUUUUUCUGUUGUCAGUGAAAAUUAAUGUAAGGGACAUUUUACCGGGUUGCCAGAAGGUUUUGUCAUCAACAAUACUAUUUUUUUCAAUAUGACAUGUAAGAAUGAUUCUUACAUGUCCCAUUCAUUCAUUUAUUCGUUCAGUUCCAAUCAAUGGCCAAAUUAGUCAAUAUAAUAAUCAACUUAAACAAAAUUUCCAGGUACGUUAGUACCAAGACAGAUUAAAAAUCCGGUAUAAUCUCUUGGAAGAAAAAUCUCGACCCCGACUUUUUUGAUGAAGAGAUUCAUAAUAAAUCGAUUAAAUGUUACACUCAUACCACAGAUGGUUAAGCACAAACCGACUAGCACAAGACUAUAAGCGUUUGAUAUCUCAAAAUUGUUUACGUUUGGAAAUAAAUAUGGAAUAGAAAUAAAACUGGGGAAAAUAUAACACUAUUUAUGUGACAAAUUGGAAAUGUCCAAACAAAAAGUAAGACGAUAAAUGCCAUGUUGUAAUAUUAUCGUUGGAACUGGGCAAAGGUCAUAGUAAUCGAUCCCAUCAGAUCAAAGAAAAGAAAGGAAGAAAAUGCGCAGAGUUCGAUUCUUGCGCCAUCUACAAACUCAUGUAAGAAGAUGUUCCUAUCUAAUUAAUUAUGACAAAACAAAAUCAAAAAGGAAACACCUAGGUUAUAUUAAUCUUGGUAAUCGGUUUUAACUUUGGAAUAAAGGAUAAUGAGAACAAAUGCUGAAACAAUUGUUCUUCACUUUGGCGAUAAUUUUUUAUUAUCAGAUUUUUAUAUUAGCCAUUUGAUUGUAUUAAUUUUUCUUAUGGUUGUCCCUAGAACAUAUGAGAAAUAACUUUAUCUCAAAUAUAAUUCUGGUGAACUUGGUAAUUUUGUUUCCUUGUCUUGUCAAAUGUCACCGAACGAUGUGAAAUGUGAAGUAUAUUUGUGUGUUUACUUGAAGCAUUACUGGGAAGGAUCGCAAUAAUAUCAGUCCUGGAGAAGAGAAUGUUAUACUUGUAUUUUGUGGACCCCCCACGUUCAAUUUAGGGAAGUAAGAAUUUUCCAAAAAAGUUCACUUAUUACAUUCGAUUUCAAUUGUCUUACAUGCUGUAGCUAUCUAUUUAUUUCCUACCUCAGCUGAUGAGAGGUGAGCUGUUUGGGAAUGAAACUGUCAAACGUCAAAUGAAUUUAGUGAUAGUAUUUCAGAAAAUACUUUCAAUUUCAUUAUUUUAUUUAGGUAAUGGGUCAAUAUAAGAUGAAUAUAAUUUCUUCCCAAACAGACUUCAUCUUGAUGAUCAGUAUCCUGUUAAUUUGGGAUAUUUUACAUUGUAUUUAUUUAGGUUGAUAGACUGAGAGUUUAAAUUUUAUAAUUUUAUUGAGUUGUAUAUUUUGUUUACUAGUCAUGUAUAUAUGUUUUAUUAUUUAAUGAAGUAACAAUAAAAAGGAAGAAAACUGAA